AACCGAAAGCGGAGUGUGACCUUCCCGGGCGGCGGAGACCGGCAGGAGACCGAGCGAGCGGACCCAUGUCAGCACUCCCGUCCACAACCCUCGCCACGGAGAUGAACAGCAACUUAGCUGGAGAUGAAAUCGGGAAGCUGUUUGUGGGUGGACUGGAUUGGAGCACCACCCAGGAGACUUUACGAAACUACUUUUCUCAAUACGGAGAGGUUGUGGACUGCGUCAUCAUGAAAGAUAAAAGCACAAAUCAGUCCAGGGGCUUUGGCUUUGUGAAGUUUAAAGACCCCAAUUGCGUACGCACGGUCCUGGACACCAAACCUCAUAACCUGGAUGGAAGAAAUAUCGACCCAAAGCCUUGUACACCGAGAGGUAUGCAGCCCGAGAAGACCCGGACAAAAGACGGCUGGAAAGGAAGCAAAAGUGACAGUAAUAAAUCUAAGAAGAUAUUUGUGGGUGGAAUACCUCAUAAUUGCGGUGAAGCUGAACUCAGGGAUUAUUUCAACCGAUUUGGAGUGGUCACAGAGGUGGUAAUGAUCUAUGACGCAGAGAAACAGAGGCCUCGAGGUUUUGGAUUUAUUACUUUCGAGGCCGAACAAUCAGUGGACCAGGCUGUCAACAUGCAUUUUCACGACAUCAUGGGCAAAAAAGUUGAAGUGAAGAAGGCGGAGCCUAGGGACAGCAAAGCUCCCGCCCCUGGUCAGCUGGGAGCCAAUCAGUGGGGGCCCCGAGCCAUCAUAAGCGCAGCCAAUGGCUGGGCAGCACAACCGGCCCCGACCUGGCAGCAGAGCUACGGGCCUCAGGGUGUUUGGGUGUCUACAGGUCAACCGCUUGGGUAUGGACCUCCUCUACCCGCUGGCCGUGGGGCACCCGCACAAGCUCCUUCUCCAUUUAAUGCAUUUCUAGUUGCAGCGCCACCUACAGGAGGGUUCGGGGCGCCUCAGGGAUACCCCCAACAGGGCUUUAGCACGCAACCUCAGUUUGGAUAUAGCUUUGGAACACCUCAAGGUGACCAGUUUGUAGCACAGGGAAUGCCUCCCCCUCCCGCCACGCCGGGCGCAGGGCCUUUAGGGUUUGCUCCUGCAACGACUCCCUCUCAGGACCUGAGCAAAGCCGCCCCAGCACAGCCAGAUUUCUCCUACAGCCAGUAUGGUUAUGGGCAGGACCUGAGUGCUUUUGGUCAUAGCUUUGCAGACCCCAGCCAGCCUACUGCCUCAUACGCCGCAGCCCCCUCCGCGCCCUCGUCAGGAGCUCCAGCGGCCGCCAGCAGCUUCGGACGGGGACAGAACCACAAUGUACAGGGCUUCCAUCCCUACCGGCGCUGAGCUGCUGUCCCACACCAACCCUCCCUCCCUCCCCAAUGCAAUAAACAUCGUCAGGGAUACAGACGUUUCCAGCACAAGCUGAACUGGAUAUUGGGAUUGUCUUUCUGAAGAUCGCAAAGAGCAAAUAAAAAAAGGGGUUUUAUUGUGUGUAAAUUGUAAACAGGGGCUCUACUCCGACAAUAGGAGACCACCGUACUCUUCUAUAUUUUGUAGUAGAACUGAACUACUGAAGUAUUUAGCAAUAGAUUUGGAUUGUCUGGUCAAACAUCAGCACAGAACAGACGCACCAGACGUCAGCGACAGGGUCUCCCAAUUAUUCAGCUUUAAUUAUUAUAUUAGCGGGGAAAUGUUUUUAUUUGGAAUUUUGUGGAUUUUGUUUACUCUACGAGCCUUUUACCAUUUUAUUUAAGUUUGAAAUAGAGUACAAAUGUGUAUUAUACACCUAAACUGUGCAAUUUUUUAAAGAAUUUUGUACUAAUAUAUGUGCGCUUUUCUCGUUUUUUUAUUUAAGGAUGUAGAAUUUCCUCAGGUGGCUGUUGGUGCACUUUGCACUUAUGCAAAAAAAGAAAGUUUAAAAAAACACACACAAAAAUGAGAGUUUAUUUGAAAUAAAUGAUUUAAAGAA